GGAUGACACACAGACAUAAGCGAUUAGAAAAUUUCAUGAGGAACCGCACACACACACGCUAAUCUCUUUCUUCAUCCCCAUACAUCUUCUCGUUACAAGAUGGAUUAAUACCUGCAUGUAUACCCGGGACAAAGCGACUAUGAUAUGCUGCGAUUGAAGCCCUCGUAUAGGCUUACGUGUUACAGUUUAGAAUGCCCCGUGUGGGGAAAUGCGGCAGAAAUGCUACACCAAAACGCAAAGCCGAAAACCGGAAGAGCGUACGAUCGACAAAAACAGCUCAUAUACCGUGACUGUUUGAAUAAAUCAGUUGAUUUCUCCACGACAUGUCUCGCCUACUGGCGCUAUAAAUCGGCAGCGAAAUCCGCGUAGCAACCUUGAUUCUCACGUCCCUUUCCGAUCUUUACACAUCCCGUCUUUUGCAAUAAACUUCCCGGCUAUUUAGUUAGCAUUGUAGGCACACUUUGUAAAAACACAAAAGCGACUCAGUCACACUCAAUUCACUUUAGACAUAAUGACCAACGACAUGAAGGAUAAAAUGGCCCAAAUGAUCCUCGCCGUGCAACAAGAAAUUGUUGCCGGUCUUGAGAAGAUCGAUGGCCAAAAGUUUUUCCAGGAUAAAUGGACAAAGGAAAAUGGCGGCUACGGCAUUAGCUGUGUCAUCCAGGAUGGAAACGUCUUUGAAAAAGGUGGUGUCAAUACUAGCGUUGUUCACGGCAUGUUGAACCAGGCUGCCGUUCAACACAUGUGCGAUAGCCAUGAUGGUAUUGAUCGUACGGCUGUAGAGCUUCCUUUCUAUGCCACAGGCAUCAGUAUGGUUCUUCACCCUCGCAACCCUAUGGCUCCCACCACCCACUUGAAUUAUCGUUACUUUGAGUUGACCAACACCGAUGGCAAGAAGGUCUGGUGGUUCGGCGGUGGUGCUGACUUAACUCCCAGUGUGCUGUUUGAAGAGGAUGCUGUGCACUUCCAUAAGGUUCACAAGGACGUGUGUGACAAGCAUGACCCUUCUUACUAUCCUCGUUUCAAGAAGUGGUGUGACGAGUAUUUCACCAUCAAGCACCGUAAGCAAAUGCGCGGUGUCGGCGGAAUCUUCUUUGAUGACUUCAAUGACAAGGACGCCGAAGAAAUCUUCCAGUUUGUCAAGGAUUGUGCUUAUGCUUUCCUCCCCUCUUACGUUCCCAUCAUGGAGAAGCGUAAGGAAAUGCCCUUCACCGAAAAGGAUAAAGAAUUCCAGCAGGUUCGCCGUGGUUACUAUGUCGAGUUCAACAUUAUGUAUGACCGCGGCACCUGGUUCGGUCUCCGUGCUCCCGAACCCCGUGUGGAGAGCAUUCUCAUGACCCUUCCCUUACAUGCCUCUUGGCGCUAUCAAUACAAGCCUACUGAGCCCCGCCAUCUUGCUCUUAUUGACGCAGCUAGCAACCCCCGUGAGUGGUGUUAAAAGGAGUCUUAGAGUCAAUUGAGGCUGACUGUGUGAAAGCCUUGUUAGCAACGUUUUCUCAUCACUUCUUCAGCUGUCAUUCCGUUUGUUCGCCCAUGAAACCUUUUAAUGUCUUGUUACUCUAUACAAUUAACGUUAUGACUGUUCUUUAUGUGUUUUAAGCCUUAUGCUUGGGUGU